AUGGAGCAGAUUUGUGACUUGGAGGAAGGCAUCAUUGUCUCGGGAGGUUUCAAUGAGUGCUAUGUUCACAUCAUCCUCCAGGCUGCCGUUGCAGGCCUCGCUUGCAUCGGAGUUGUCCUUGGCAUGUGCGUCGUUCGCGACAUACCAAGGUUGCGACUGCCCCGUGUCACGGGGAUAGACAGCGCCCGCGGCCUUUGCUGUGGCCUUCUCUUCCUGGUGGGCAUUGCCGAGUUCUUGGUUGGGGUGAGUUCCAGUCAGGUUCUCAACGAAACAUCUGGCAUCGAAGGUGGGUGCAUUGCCAUCGCAGCCAUGGCAGUUGGAUUUUGGCAGCAGCAGGAAGUGCGCCGUGGCCUGGGUGAGCAGUUCUCCUUGAAGAUUUGGUGGCUGCUCACUACGGCUGCUCAGGUCCUUGCUACAUACGACCGUGCAUCAAAGGACAGUUGGGUGGCACUGGGAUUCUCAGCUGGUGAACUUGUCCUUUGCACUGCUGCAACUGCUGCCUACUUGGUUCCUACCGGUCGUGUCUCAGGGCAACCUUCCUUGGAGGGCGAUGGUGGCAUCUCCUUGGUGGGAGGGGCGCAAUUCGCCAGAACCAUCAGCACUAGAGACCCGUCUCCAGAGGAACACAUGGGAAUUGCUGGAUGGCUGGCUUUCAGUUGGUUUACGCCCAUUGUGGAUUUGGCCUACCAGCGAGACCAGGAGCAGGGCAAGUUGGAGCUGACGGACGUCUAUCCGUUGACGCGCAAAAACGUGGCAGCACGGCAGCUGGAGCGUUUGGACCAGCAUUGGCAGGUGGAGCUUCGAAAAGAGAAACCGGCGCUCCUGUCGGCGAUGACACGUGCCUUUCGGGUGGAGGUCUUCAGCACUGCUUGGGUGAAGUUCAUCAACGACUGUCUACACUUCGUGGGCCCAUUUCUGCUGAACAGGAUUGUGAACUUUGUGAAGCACACAGGUUUCGAAGCAGACGAGCCAUUGUGGAUGGGCUAUGCCUACGCCAUCGGCAUGGUGCUCUCCUCUGCCUGUCAGGCCUUCUUGAUGGCUCACUACUUCCAAGGUGGCUAUCAGACAGGUAUGCGUUUGAGGACGGGCCUCAUCUUGAUGUCCUACAGCAAGGCUCUGCGAGUAUUACCCUGGGCAACACCUCCAAAGGAGGAGCCCCCAGAAGAACCCCAGCCACAGAGACGUUGCUGCAAAAAGACGCCAAAGAAGAAGCCCGCUCUGCCAACCGGGGGCAUGGGGCAAAUGACGAACAUCAUUUCUGCUGACACGGACAAAUUCACCUUCUUGAUGCCGUACUUCAACCUGAUUUGGUCGUGUCCUUUGCAGAUCGUGAUUUGCUUCUUCAUGCUUGCGCACUAUGUGCAAUGGGCACUGUUCGCUGGAGUUUUCGUAAUGAUUAUCUUCACGAUCGUCUCCAGCACCGUUGCGGGAAAGGCUCGAAAAAUUCAACAAGAAGCCAUGAAGGCCAAAGAUGAAAGGCUGAAGAUGGAAGUGGAACUUUUGAAGAUCGUGAAGAUCAUCAAGUUCUAUGCUUGGGAAGUGGCCAUUGAAGAACGAGUGAAGGAACUAAGGAACAAGGAAUUGAAGCUGCAGCUGCGCUACAAGCUUUGGAACGUGGCGUUGUUCCUUUCCUUCUCUUUGUCGCCUGUCUUGGUUGCCCUGGGAACCUUCGCAUGCUACACGCUAUUGCAGAAGAAGACUUUGGAUGCUGCGACUGCCUUCACGGCGCUGAGUUUGUUCAACAUUUUGAGCUUCCCCUUGGGUCUGUUUGCCAGGAUGGCACGGUUCUUCAUGGAGGCUGCCGUCGCCAAAGACCGCAUUGAAGCCUUCCUGCUUUCACCGGAGGUCUCGGCUCGACCCUCCACAGUCCCCGAUCCGAAGAUGGCCUUGCAGCUGCAGUCCAAGCUGGAGUGGCCAGACAAGAGCGUGUUGCUGGAACAGGUCGACAUUUCAGUCAAGAAAGGAGAGAUGCUGGUGAUUGUAGGAAAGACAGGCGUUGGCAAAUCUGGGCUUUUAUAUGCAAUGCUUGGUGAGCUUCCCAUUGCCACUGACGCUGGCAAGGCCCAUCUCACCGGCAGCGUAGGAUAUUGCUCGCAAAAUGCUUGGAUUCGCAACGCAACACUUCGAGACAAUAUUACAAGUUCUUCCUCUGUGGAGCACGAUGAUCGAUACGAGGCAGUCUUGGAUGCAUGCGCCUUACGUGCAGAUCUCCAUGUCCUACCUGAUGGCGAUCAGACCGCCAUCGGCGAUCGUGGCAUCAAUCUGUCAGGUGGCCAAAAGCAGCGAGUGGCAUUGGCCCGUGCUGUCUAUGCGAAUCCAGACAUCUACAUUUUGGACGAUGUGCUGUCCGCCCUUGACAGUCACGUGACGACUCACAUUUGUGAGAACCUGCUGCGUGGGCCGCUAUUGGCUGGCAAGACAGUGAUUCUUGUUACGCACUCGCCCAAAGCUGUCCCUUUGGCCAACAGGGUGGUCUGCUUGGAAGACAAGAAGGUGUCUUUCAACGGUAGCUACGAGGAGUUUAAGGGCUCAGGGGCUGUCAACGAGGAGGUCAUCCACGAAGAUCCGGAAAAUUCAGCAGAAGCUGAGCCCGAGACAAACUCUGACACCAAGAAAGACUCCAAAGACGAAAAAGCGAAGGAGACGAAAGCGCCAGCAUCAGCACCGGCCAAGAAGGAGAAGGCAGCAGCAGCACAGGAAGAAAGGCGUUCAGGUGCGGUGUCAUGGCACGUCUAUGGAGCGUAUGCAAAAGCGUGCGGAGGAGUGCCAGCUGUGGGAACCUUCCUUGUGGCUGUGGCUCUUUCAGAGGGCUCGAGAAACUUCUCAGAUGGCUGGCUGGCACAUUGGAGUAACAAAGGAGGAGGUGGAGAUGGUGUUGCAGUCUACGCGUUGGCCGCUCUGGUCUGUCUGGUCACAGGCCUUGUGUAUUCGACCACGCGCGUAUUGGUGGGUCAACGUGGGUCAAGAGUCUUGCAUGAGAAGUGUUUGAACGCAUUGCUUCGAGCUCAUAUGUCCUUCUUUGACCUCACGCCUAACGGCCAAAUUCUGAACCGUUUGGCGGAGGACACCAAUAUCCUUGACUACAACUUGCCACAGACGAUGUCGGCCAACAUCAUUUGGUUCUGGCGCGCAGCCAGCAUCGUUGUGAUUUGCAUGUUGGUGGGAUGGUAUUUGAUAUUUUUGAUGCUGCCAAUGUUCCUCCUGUAUGCUCGUUUGGCCAAGAGGUAUUUGCCUGCGACCCGAGACCUUCGUCGUCUCGAUGCUGCCGCGCGAAGUCCCAUCUUCAGCCACUUCUCCGAGUCAAUGCAAGGGGUCUCCACCAUCCGAGCCAUGCAGCACCAGGAGCAAGCUGUCCACACCAACAUGGGCAGGCUUGAGACACAGAUGGAAGCCUACUACCUCAGCAACACAGCUGCGCGAUGGCUGAGUCUCCGACUGCAAUUCAACGGCACCAUUUUGGUCGGAGCGGUGAGCAUCUUGGGCAUCUACCUCUCCAGCAACAACAAGGUGAGUUCAGGCUUGGUCGGCCUUGCCAUCACCUAUGCCUUGCGACUCACCGACACACUGAACCAGGUGAACAGAGAGAGUGCUGACCGCGAGACACAGAUGGUGUCUGUGGAGCGAGUUCAGAACUACGUCACCAACGUCAAACAGGAAGCGGCUCUGCGAGUGUCGAAUUCGGUGCAGCCCAGUUGGCCAAGUCAGGGAAACAUCCAGGUGAGCAACGUCAAAAUGCGCUACCGAGAUGGUCUUCCAAUCGUUCUUGAUGGUAUCUCCCUUGACAUCAAGGCCGGCCAAAGAGUUGGAAUUGUGGGCCGCACAGGCUGCGGCAAGUCGUCCUUUCUGUCUACGUUUCUGCGUUUGGUGGAACUCGAGGAGGGCAGCAUCGUGGUGGACGGUGUCGACAUCAGCGGCAUUGGUCUCCACGAUCUCCGCGAGAAGGUUGCGAUGAUUCCUCAGGAUCCUGCCAUUCUCACAGGCACUGUCAGAUUUAAUUUGGAUCCAUUUGGCAAGAAGAGCGACGAGGAGCUUUGGGAGGUCUUGGAGAAAUCUCAACUGAAGCCCCGCAUAGAAAGUGCCGGAGGACUCGAUAGCAAGGUCGAAGAAGGCGGCGGCAACUACUCCGUGGGCGAACUGCAACUCCUUUGCCUCGCCCGUGCCUUGCUGCGGCGGCAGGAGUCGGGUGGUUUGCUACUUCUUGAUGAGGCAACCAGCGCUCUGGAUGCAGAGACUGACCAAACAAUUCAGAAGGUGAUCCGUUCUGAUUUCAAUUGCACGAUCAUCACCAUCGCGCAUCGAAUCCAGACAUUGAUGGACUAUGACAAGGUCGCAGUCUUUGAAGGUGGAAAGGUGGUGGAGUUUGAUUCGCCCCAGGAAUUGAUGAAGAGAGAAUCGAAGUUCCAAUCACUUGCCAAAGAGGGUGGGGCGAUGUGAGAUCAUUUGAGCUGCAGAAAUUUGCGCAGCAUUUUCGGAUGGACAGUGUGAUCCUUACAUUUUGUGAUCGCUAACCUUUGACCGCCUUUGACCGUCCCUUCGGAAAACUCUGAAGCUUGGGGCAAAGUGUGGCAUUUUCGCUGAGCGUUGCUCAGCCCUGACGCCUUCUUUUCAGAAAAUCUAGAAACUACAUGAAACUAGAAGAAGCGUUGAAUCAUUGAGGACUCUGCAAGGACUAGCAAAGAAGGCAAUGGCACAAAUUGUGGAGGCCUAAUGGGCUUAACUCACAAGUGCUUUGAUUGAUUUAAAUCCGGUGUGUGUGCUUUAGAAAA